GUUCGCUCGACCUUCCCUGAAGCAACUGCUGACAAGGUCGUCGACAACGUUCUGAAAUGUGCUCUAGUAUCCUUGUUGUAGUUUCGAGUGAUUUGAACACCGCUUUACUUUACCUCAAAUCGCCACACCAGCAAUACCUACAACGAUCUCGUAUUCGCAACUCAGAUUAGACUGAUGGCAGCGUAGGUUGCAAUUCUGUUGAGAGAAUGAACUCGACUUUUGCUCUUUGCAAUGCACACAAGCGGCGAAAUGAACGUUCUGAACUCUCCAGCGAGACAACGCGCAACACACAAGAAAUCACGCCUAGGCUGCUUCGCAUGUAAGGCGCGAAGGACGAAAUGUGACGAAUCUCGACCAGUAUGCAAGAGAUGUGCUGGCCAUGGAUCACGCUGUCGCUAUCCAAGGACCUCAAAAUUUGCAAGUGGCACGAUACUUCGAUUAUUGCCGGGCCAAAGUCUGUCAAUAUCACCAAGGAUGAUCAAGUCUGAAGAUUGCCGGCUCUUCCACCACUUUUUAGCCAUGGCUUCUCCUCACCUGCCUGCCGGCAACGACGAGGUCUGGGCCAGCACUAUCCCACAACUCGCCAGCCAGAACCAGCAUCUAAUGCACGCCAUGCUUGGACUCGGUGCUUCACAUCUUCACUGGCGGCGGCCCGAAGCACAAAACCAAGUGACCGCCAUCGAAUUUCGGGGACGAGCCAUGGCAGGCCUGCGGGCUGCUCUCACUAAGACGACCUGGACACGCGCGGAAGUCGAUGCUACUAUCGCCAUGGUAUACAUUCUUGCUUUUCAAGCGCAAUACAUGAAGGACGGUCUCAGCGACUUUGUCGUUAUGGUUCGAGGUUGCGCACUCGCGGUCCGGAAUUUCACAGAGGCUGGGGCGGAGACCUCCUUUGAUCUGCGACAGCUCCAAAGUGGCACGUACCUCUGCAAACUCGUCCCUGACAGCGAAGGUUUUGGCCUUGUCGACAAAAACAUUGUUCAAAAGGGUCUCGAAGCCCUAAAUCGUGUUUGGUCAAUUAUCGAGACGGACGAAAACCGCCAAUUCUUCUCCACGAUCAAGAACGCACUUCUUGCAUGCUUACAAUCGACAUCGGUCGGCUUCAUGGAAUGCCACCGACUUUACACCGAGCUCUUCACCACGGACUGGACAAAGUUCACGGAGACGUUCAAUGCCUCCAAUGGCGUGACCUACGUCCUUCAAGCCUUUUCCACGAUAGCACAACUGUUGAUGGUUCCGGUGACACACUCUCUGUUCGUUCCAUCCUCGAAAGCACCAGUUCCCAGCAACGAGGUUCAACUGGUACUUAUCUCGUGGGCCCUUCACGCUUGUGACGUGGUGCCGGAAAACUACCAAAUAUUCGUUGAAUGGCCGAGAGCAGUAAUCGACAAGUUCUCCUAGGACAUCGCCACCGUUGGCUUCCAUGCAAUCUGCCCGUGCUUGCGGCCUUCCCAGCCUCAAGGACCACCGCCUGACCAAUGCCAGAAAGGUUGCACUAUGCAUUACCUCAAGCCUCGGACAAUUCAGACAAGCUUACUUACGGUACCACAUGCGCACCGUCCUGGUCCUUUGGAUCUUCUUCUGAAGCUGAAAUAUUCCGAACAACAGAGCCUCGGCUGUUGGUGGACAUCCUGGAACAUAUAUAUCGACCGGUAU